AUGGCAGACACUGGCCAACACGCCGUAGUCUUUGGUUGUUCUGGUAUCAACGGCUGGGCCCUUGUUAACCAGCUACUAUCUGGAUAUCCAUCUGCUGGAGCUUUCUCGAAAAUCACAGCGAUAGCAAAUCGCCCCUUCACCGCCCACGAGGCCAGGUGGCCUGCUGAUAAUCGACUGCAGAUCGUCUCUGGUAUUGAUCUUUUGGCGCGUGAUGAUGCUCAAAUCUCAAAAGCUUUGGCCGACAAGGUCUCCUCCGUGGAGACCGUAAGUCAUAUUUAUUAUGCAGCAUAUCGCGCUAGCGACAUUCCUGCGGAGGAAUGUCGUACCAACAAGGAAAUGCUUCGUGCCGCUGUGCAAAGCAUUGAAUGUCUUUCUUCUAAGCUCUCUUUUGUGACUUUAAUAACCGGUACCAAGGCUUAUGGUGUUUACCUUCUGGAUAAAUUCCCCUAUCGGGGCCAGAUACCCCUGAGGGAGGAUCUUCCUCGUGUACCUGUUGAGUACGCUAAAGAUCUGUUCUACUAUCAUCAGGUAGACCUUCUUCAUGAGAUCUCAGAGGGCAAAUCAUGGUCAUGGUGUGAAAUUCGCCCAGACAUCAUUGUCGGUGUCGCGCCUUUUGGUAAUGCUAAUUGCAUGGCUCAAACCAUGGGCAUCUACAUUGGCGUGUAUCGUGCCCUAGAAGGUGAGGGCGCCCGUGUCCCAUUCCCCGGCAAUGAGACUACUUGGCGUCUCACGAACACUGAUUCAAACCAAGAUAUCAUCGCUCGUUUUUGUAUCUACGCAUCAUUCCAGCCACGUGAGAAAGUCCAUACCCGUGCCUUCAACAUUGCCGAUGGCAAGACUCCCGUUUCCUGGUCACAACGCUGGCCCAUUCUUGCCAAAUAUUUCGGACUCGAAGGUGUCGGUCCGGAUAGUUCCAGCCUACACCCAACCGAAUAUAUGGACUGUCAUUGGAGCGAAUUGCAGGCUCUGUGCCGCAAAAGGGGUCUGAAGGAGGACGUUAUUUAUAAAAGUAUGCACAACACGGGUUCAAGGAUGGGAAGUCUACGCUUGAUGGAUUUCGAUCGUCCAUUUGAUCUGGGACGAGCCAGGGCUCUGGGAUUCACAGAGGAGAUGGAUACGGCAACUUCCUGGUACACUGCUUUUGAUAGGGUACGUAAGGCCAACAUCAUGUUGUAA